GUUUUGAGCGCCAAAACGUUGGAAAAAAAGCGGGGGAAAGGGGGAACACGCUUCUGUUGUCAGUGGUAACUGUCGGUGUGGGAGAUUUUACGUCGUGAGACUUUAUCAAAAGAAAGUGAUUUUUUGGAAUAUUAGUGUUGUCAACUGUUACUAAGAAGAUGGAAGGAAUAAUGCUGCAUGCCUACGAAACCCCGAAAAGGUGUCGAAUGAAAGAAGAAGAUCAAUCUUUCAUUCUACUAGAUAACUCUGCUCUCACUGGUCAAAGCUGCGUCACAGAUAGUGACGAUUCGCUGACUACUAGAGCCAAUUACAACGAAAAUAGUCUGAAAAGAGGACGACCGAGAGCUGAAGUGAUCAAUAAUCUGAUUAUUGAAGGAUCUUCAUCUCACAGUUCAAUUCGUUGUGAUAUCUGCAAUCGUGUAUUUCCCCGAGAAAAAUCCCUCCAAGCCCACAAAAGAAUCCAUACAGGGGAAAAGCCCUACUGUUGUGAUUACCCUUCAUGUGGCAAAGCAUUCACUCAAAGUGGGCAGCUAAAAACACAUCAGAGACUACAUACAGGAGAGAAACCUUUUAUUUGUAGUGUUGCUGGGUGUAACAGCAGAUUCACUCAUGCCAAUCGACAUUGUCCAGAUCAUCCUUAUGCUGGACUACGAAGAAAUCAUGAGCUGGCCCUUCAUGCCUUGAAUAAUCAAACUGAAAACAACUCACCAGAAGUUCUCCUUUGGCUGGAAAAUUACAGGAAGAGGAAUGAUGAAAAAACACCAGGCAAGUUGUCUGAUACCAACGACGAUACCGAUUCUAGUAUUAGAAUUAAGAAAUGUCGAACAAAGAAAGCCUGCUGGUCAAGUGACUCGCAACAAGAAAACGAACAACAGAAUCAGGAUAAUAACAUCAACAGACAGCACCGUAGAAGCAAAGGCAGCAUCGCCAAAUCACUGCACUAUGGAAUGGAAUCAACUAGUGAUGAAACCCAUUCGAUUCCCCUCUAUCGGAAACUUUGCGAAGCUGUAGAGCCUUCUUCGUUUGGCUGUACUCCUCUUCAAUGGUCUCCGAGGUCGAACAACAACAAGAACAAGUCCAUCAUAACUAGUCCGACUAAAUCGACACCGCGCCGCGACAUAUCAUCCGGAUAUGAAUCUUUGCUUCAGGAGUGCCACCUCAACAGUACCUUGGAUUCCAGUCGCGAAAACGUCAUGAACGAAACGGCUAACGGUUCCAGCGGAUUUUUGGCGCUGCCUGACACACCUGUCCGUCCCGAAAAACCCAAGCGGCGUUGGCUGCGUGAAGCUCUUACGAGUAACAACGAACAGCUCAUUACCAACAUGAACCGACCCAGUGUCAUAAUAGCUUCACCCAGGGUAUUUCAACCCAAAAACACGUCCACACCAGAUAAACCCAAUAACAGCACCUUAAUGCGAGCACUCCAAAACGCCGAAAAACAAUGGACUGGCGCGAUUGCUUUGAUGCAGCUGGCCUCUUCAAGUUCGCAGUGCUGAAAAGAAAAUGAACAUAAUGAAUUCACCAAAGUUUUGUCUCUCUCAAUAACCUAUCCUUCCAAUUCUGUCAAUUUCUAAUCUGCUGUUCCAUUUCCUUGUAAUUGCUCAGUGAAAAACGGUAUUAUUUUCGCUAAUUAUGAUAUUUCUCCAUUUCCAUCACUACUUUAUUUUGAGAACUCUUUCUCGUACCUGAAAGAUGAAUCGACUGUUCUCUUCACUACUUAUUUAAUUUACUCUCUCCUUUCGAUCCAGUGUCUUGAUGAAGCUUUAACCAAUCGAUUCGUGCUUUUGGUGUUUACUCUUUUAAUCUUGCUGAUAGAGAAGACCAAUACUUAGAACCCAACUGUAGUUUUGAAACGAAACAAAAAUUCACUCCAUGUUCGUAAUUUUCUUAGUGCUGUGUGUUUAUGUAUCUCGGCCUUUUUAAUACAAAGCCAUUUUUUCCCAUCA